AAAAUGUUGCCUGCUUCAUAAAAAUGUCGGCGUCCAUGUGAUUAAUUAACAUUUGUGUUUCUAAGUUUUAUCAUUUGUACACAGCUCUGGAAGCUUAAUUAUCAAGAUGAAUGAGAAUGGACAUAGAGAUGGACCUAGUCACAAAAAGUUCAAGUUUUCACAAAAUGGAGAUGAUCAUUACCAAAAGAUAAGAGAUGAGCGACGUCAGCUGCCCAUCUACCCAGCCAGAGGGAGGCUGAUCAGCGAGGUGCAGCGUCACAGCUCGGUCAUCGUUAUUGGGGAGACAGGCAGCGGCAAAACCACUCAGAUACCUCAGUUCCUGUUAGAAGCUGGUGUGAACAGAAAUGCAAUUAUAGCAGUGACACAGCCAAGAAGAGUUGCAGCCAUCACUUUAUCUCAGAGAGUUGCACAAGAGAAAAGAUCUGAUAUUGGGAAACUGGUUGGAUACUGUGUGAGGUUUGAUGACACGACAUCGGAGCAGACGAAGAUCAAAUACAUGACAGAUGGAAUGCUGUUACGGGAGGCCAUCUCAGAUCCACUCAUGAAAAGGUACAGUGUUGUGAUUCUAGAUGAGGCCCAUGAGAGGACCAUACAUACGGAUGUGCUGUUUGGGGUGGUCAAACAAGCUCAGAGAAAGAGGGCAAAACUCGCCAUGAAACCACUCAAGAUUAUUGUGAUGUCAGCUACAAUGGACGUGGACCAUUUCUCCAAGUACUUCAACAAUGCCCCAGUUCUCUAUCUGGAGGGAAGACAAUACCCUAUAAAGGUGCUGUACUGUAAGCAGGAGCAGUCUGAUUACCUGUUUGGAGCCCUCGUUACCCUCUUCCAGAUACACAGAGAGGCUCCCGCACAGGAGGAUGUGUUGUUGUUUCUGACCGGCCAGGAGGAGAUAGACUCUGCAGUAAAGUCAAUACGUGAUGUGUCCCGCACCUUAACUGGGGACGUUCCCAGUAUGAUCAUCUGUCCACUGUACGCAGCACUCCCAGCCCAGCAGCAGCUUAAAGUCUUCCAACCAACACCAAAGGGCUGCAGGAAGGUUGUCGUGGCAACCAACAUUGCAGAGACCUCCAUCACCAUCAGUGGCGUCAGAUUUGUUAUUGACAGCGGCAUGGUCAAGGCAAAGAUCUACAAUGCGCGAGGUGGGCUUGACCUGAUGAAGGUUGUGCAUGUGUCACAGGCACAGGCCCAGCAACGGUGUGGUCGGGCGGGCAGAGAGUCCCCUGGCACAUGCUACAGGCUCUACACAGAACAACAGUAUGAGGCAUUCAGGAAAAACACAGUCCCCGAGAUACAGAGGUGUAAUCUAGCCAGCGUGGUGUUACAGCUGUUGGCCAUGGGCAUUCAUGACAUCCUCCACUUUGACUUCAUGGACAAACCUGACACAGAUGCUGUGUUAAGUGCAAUAGAGCAGCUCAAGCUUCUUGGGGCCCUGGAGCCGGACGACACUGAACUCAAGUUAACAGUGGAAGGGAGGCAGAUGUCAGCGUUUCCUCUCGAUCCAAGGUUAUCUAAGGUCUUAAUGGCUGCCAAGGAUUAUCAGUGCAUGGAAGAAGUGCUGACCAUCGUGUCUCUACUGUCGGUAGACUCUGUCCUCUAUUCUCCACAAGGCAAGCGAGAGCAGGCCCUGUUGGCACGCCAGAAAUUCCUGUCUAGCGAGGGUGACCACAUAUCGCUCCUCAAUGUCUACCGUGCAUACAAGGGGGUCAAUGGCAAUAAGAACUGGUGCAUGGAGAACUAUAUCAACAUGCGCAACAUGAAGACGGCAUUUGAUGUACGUCGCCAACUCAGGGACAUUUGUGUUAAGCAGGCUCUGCCCAUCCAGACCUGUGGCCAGGACACUGCAGCGAUCAGAAAGUGCCUUACGACAGGUUUCUUCAUGAACUCGGCAGAGCUACAGAAAGAGGGAGAAUACAUUUCUUUGUCCACACGGAAGACUGUGACCAUCCACCCAUCAUCUGCUCUCUUCCACUGCAAACCUGCAUACGUCCUUUACAACGAGCUUGUUCAAACAUCGAAGUGCUACAUGAGGGAUCUGUGUGUUGUGGACGCAGACUGGCUGUACCAGACAGCACCGGCUUACUUCAAAAAGAAGAAACCUGGAGGAUAGUGUUUAUACAUUCUCUAUUGUUAAUAUGUUGUCAAAUUUGUUACUGAAUAAAAUAUUAAACGUG